UUUUCUUCGAUAGCUCAGUCUGUUAACAACGUUAAAACGACUACUUUCGCUAGAAACAGUGAAGGAAACAAAAUGAUGUCCCAACCUACCAAUAUCGCAAAGGCGCGAAACAAGAAGACUUCGGAAAUCCCUCAGGGAAGCCCUCCCGAUACCCCAAAGCUGAUGCCGGGUGGAAAUUAUAUCAAAAUAGGCCGCGAUUCGGCAAGAAGCACCUGCAUCGUUUUCGCACCAUUAGCCGAAGAAGUCGGAGCUCUUGCAAAAUGCCUCAACAUUUUUGAAAAACACAGAGUUAACCUUCUCCACAUAGAGUCUCGACCAUCUACAAGAAACCUUGAAAACUACGAAUUUAUGGUUGAAUGUGCACCUACAGGCAAUCUCCCUAAGGCAAUAAUCGAAGUGAAAGAAAACAGUGAAUAUUUUAACAUCAUUUCCCGAGACUACAAAGACAACAAAGACACAGUUCCAUGGUUCCCUGGACGCAUUCGUGAUUUAGACCGAUUUGCGAACCAAAUUCUCUCAUACGGUGCAGAACUUGAUUCUGACCAUCCAGGGUUCACAGAUCCCGUGUACCGAGCUCGUAGGAAAUACUUUGCUGAUAUUGCUUACAAUUAUAAGCAUGGAGAGAAAUUACCCCAUGUGGAAUACACAGAUGAGGAAAUUGACACGUGGGGAAAGGUUUUUGAGCAAUUGACGACUUUGUAUCCCACACAUGCCUGCAAGGAACAUAAUCAUGUUUUUCCCCUGCUUAUACAAAAUUGUGGAUACAGGAAGGACAACAUACCGCAACUCGAAGACGUCUCGAACUUCUUAAAAGAUUGUACUGGGUUUACCUUGAGACCAGUCGCCGGUCUUUUAUCCUCAAGAGACUUCUUGGCCGGUUUGGCAUUCAGAGUUUUCCAUUCAACCCAAUACAUCCGGCAUCCGAGCAAGCCUUUUUACACACCGGAGCCGGAUGUAUGUCACGAGCUCCUUGGACACGCUCCACUUUUUGCCGAUCCUGCUUUUGCCCAGUUUUCUCAACAAAUCGGUUUGGCUUCUUUAGGUGCUCCUGAUGACUACAUCGAAAAAUUAGCCACUUGCUUUUGGUUUACGGUUGAAUACGGUCUAUGUCGUGAAGGGGGUGAACUGAAGGCUUUUGGAGCUGGACUGUUGUCAUCUUAUGGUGAACUGCAGUACGCUUUGGAGAACAAGGCAGAGAUUAGGCCGUUCGAUCCGCCUAAAACUGCAGUUCAGAAAUAUCCUAUUACGGAGUAUCAGCCGGUUUAUUAUGUGGCCGAAAGUUUUGAAGAUGCCAAAGAAAAAAUGAUUAAAUAUGCUGCCACAAUACCUAGGGGAUUUGGUGUUAGGUACAACCCUUACACGCAAAGCAUAGAAGUACUGGAUUCGAAACCCCAAAUUCAAAGCUUGGUGACCAACAUCGGCACAGAAAUAUCCGUACUUGUCGAUUCUCUCAAAAAGUUAUAAACUUUUUUUAAGCACAUUUAUACCUUUAUACGUAUGAACAAAGUAUUACGAAAUUAGCGGUAGUCAGUUUACUUGUCUGUACUGUUUGUAAUUAAUAUGUUUGAAUUAUGAAAUUCAUAUACAAACUCUGUCCAAAACCAAGUACGAAUACACCUACUUACAAUUUUUAUUAUAGUUGUUUUGUAGUGUUAGUGAUAUUUUAAUUUGUUACUUUAUGUAUAUAUUUUACUAAUAAAAUGAAAACAAUAAUA